CGUCCGCGCGCAAGUGGUGCCCCAGUCUCCAUUUGUGUUUGCUACACAUCUGUGUGUAGUACUGAGUAAACCGUGGAGUUAGGGGGGAUUGGAAGCGUGCACAUACGUUUUAGUUUUUCUCGACACUGAAGAUUUGUGCACAUUAACCAUGGCUGACGAUAAUGAUAUUCAGGACACUGAACAAGUCACUGCCCAAAGCAUGGCAGUGACUAACCCGACCGAUGCUGCUACCCCAGCGAAGAAGAAAAAGAAGAAGAAGAAAAAGAACAAAAAGAAGAAGAAUAAACCGGGCAAAUACAGCAAGCUGGUUAUUGAUGCUAUCCGCAGAUUAGGGGAGAAAAACGGCUGUUCCCUGGUCAAGAUUUAUAACGAAGCCAAGAAGGUUAGCUGGUUCGACCAGCAAAACGGCCGGACCUAUCUGCGAUACUCGGUCAAGGCGUUGCUGCAGAACGAUUCGCUGAUCCAGGUGAGAGGCACUAACUCGUGCGCCGGCUCUUUCAAGCUCAACAAAAAGAAGUUCGAAAAGCCAGCGGCCAAACCAGCCAAAAAAAGCUCGACCACAGGAGGGAGGAACGCCACCACCUCCAGUAAUAAAAACAAAAGCCCAACGAAGAGUACCAAGGCCAAAACGACUCCGAAAAAGAAGACCCUGAUGACCACGAGCCCGAAAAAGACGCUGUCCCGAGCAGGGGUGGUCUCGAAAGCUGCAGCCAAGAGGCCGAGUACCACCACAAAAGGGAAGACGACGAAAAAAACCCGUCGUACCUAACACCCCAAACGUGAAGAAAGGACCGACAGAGGAGAAAUCGGGAAACACGACGCCUAAUCAAACAUGAGACGUGAUUUUAUUUUACUUAGUGUUUUGUGUUGAUGGAAAUGGUCCCUUUUCUCUGGUUGUUUUAGUUUUUAUCGUAGGGAUGUAUCUUUUUUUAACAUUAGUAACAGCAGUUAUUUGCAUUUUGGUUUUUAAACACCGGCAGUGUUGCUUUUAAUAUGAGAAAGUAGGGGAUGAAAGCCCAGUCUCUUAACCAUGUUGUUGAGUGUAAGCUGUGCAGUUUCAGCUGCUGAACUUUAGAUUGUAACGAUUGUAGCAUUGUGUGGUUGAUCAGAGGCACUAAAGAAGUUGCUCAAAUGUAUUUCUGACAGUAGCCAAUUAGAGAUUAGUUGUAAGAAUAUAUACUAAUGCAGAAUAUCUGAAUGCUAUUGUCAUGUGAUGAACGAUAUCCCAUUGAUGUAUAGUGUUGAUGUACUGUAUGGUACUGAUUUUUUUAAUGAAAUCAAAUCAACCGUGAUUGUGCUCAUUUGGUCAUACUUCAUUUAGAACCUUUCAUAUUUAAACAAUAUGUUUAAAUCUCAGUAUUCCGCUUAAACCUUCAUGCUUCCCUUUCCUUGGCUCUAGUUGUUGAACUGAUG